AUCGCAAGCCCGCAGCUCUUGCAACAGCGUUAUAUGCACAGAAAUACAAUACCAUGAUAUCAUGACAGGAUUCAACUGCUGGGUAUGCUAGUGACUUGAGUGUAUUGAUCCGGGAGACGAAGGCCCAGCAGAUCGUGGGGUAGCGCACGGGUAAUUAAUGCCCUCUCAUUCGAGGCUCGCAUGUCCUUCCGGGUAUCGCACUUUGCUAAUAUAUAGCGCAAGUGACCCCGAAGCGCUGUACGGUACUACAAGUAUUAUACGAUGCUGCAAAAGUCAGACAUCGAAUGCAUCCCGAUAUCAUGAAAUAUCAUUCACUACCCUUCAGGACAUUGGAACUGCGUACGGUACAGUGCUUUCGGAUAUUGAAGUUCUUGUGAGACUUUGGUUUCCAAGAAAACCACGGACUAGGGCUUCUGAAUUCCUCCCACCAGAGACAGAUCUCACCAGUUCUCUAAAUUUCUUUACUAAAUACCGUAAAGAAUUUUUAAAUAUUCGUCACUUGCACAGUACUCUACGGUAGAGCAGCUGGACCCGGCGGAAAUGGGCGCAAGCUUCCCAGGGUAGAUUGUGCAAUUGACGAUCGACAUUUGGUGUUGACUCAAGUUAACUAUGAAAGAUGAAUAAAUGGGAUUCCGUUUGACGGUAACCGAACCAAGACCCUCGCAGAGCGUGGCUCUGAAGGAAAGUAGGAGUUGCUUCGGGCUGAAGGCAUAGAGAUUAUCAUCGAGUUUCCGCACGAGUGGACAAAAUCCCUCGAGGGAGCGCAUACCACUCGUACAACGCUCUCUGACUAAGGAGACGAUAUUUGCCGUGAAGCACCCUCGGCUAAGGUCGGCUGAAAAGCCUGAUGUCCCGAAAUCAAUUCACUCGCUUCUACCUACAUUAAGGAGUACCAGUACGAGUACAGUACGACAGGAAUAAAGGCACAGCGCGAUGAUUACGUCGCGACAAUAGCUCACACAAUGGUACUCGAGUAAAUCAACAUUAACGCUCAAAGCGGUACUAUACUGUACUGCACACUGCUCAUUCCUGCAGCGCACUGAGAACUCGGAACCUUCCUAUUAUCCUUGCAGUAGUCUACCGUACGAGUACAGUACUCGUGCACAUUGCUGUACUUUUGAGAAUCUCGUUCCUGGAAGACUCGCUUGUUGACAGUGCAUGCUCCUGCAUGAGCUAGGGACCCGCCAAUCAUUGGGGUUUGUUUCAGAUGAGGAUCAAUGGAUGAAAUUUCUCGCCAGCUCUUUCCCCCAAGUUGCCGGUAACACCCCACAUCUGGCCCGUACUUGAGUACCAGCAUGGUGGUUGUCUGGUCGGUAGCUUUUCGUAUACCGGUACUAGCAAGAAAUCCAGCCAAAUCUGUGGCCUGACCCGACCCCCCGACAACCCAAGGUGCCCCAUAUGUAAGACUCUUGGCAUUAUAGCUUGAUCGGAAUGCGAUAAUGAAUCUUUUCAAAAUUUCGGUCAGCGACAUAAUUCCGGUAUUCUUACCAUGUGAGAAGCAACCCGCUCUGACCUAGAGGUCCUGUGAUGAUCGGAUUCAGGAACUCUUCCCUUCCGGGGAAAUCAUCAUCAAGUAUCACGAUUCGUGAGGGUUCUCCAGACCUGAGUUCCGCUCUUCUUAGCCGGGUCCAUAGCGGAGGAAAACGAUCUGUCAGAGUCGACUGGGAAGGGUAAAGCACAGCAGAGGAUCAAUAGAAGCGUGAUGGGCGAGCGCGAUGGAGAGAUGAAAGAGAAUAGAAACCAAUCCUUGGAAGGUAAAUAGGCGUCACAUUUUAGGCGGUGCGGUACGUAAGACCCACUUGAAUUUUUCCUUCCCUGUGCCCCCACCCCGUUACACCAUAAAAUUCCCCCCACCAUCUCCUGCCCUCAAAGACCCUGUUGGCACCCUGACCGCCUUCAUUUAGCAGCCCGCCUCCUCUUCCCUUCACCUCCCCCUCCUCCUCACCUUCCUUCCUUGUGCCUCUUUCUCUCAAAACUGCUCACCUUCACACAAUCAAUAAUGCCACCAACCGCCUCCGAUUUGCCCAGCACCCCUCCGACAGGACCGGGAAACCAGCAAUUGAUAGAGAGUGACAAACUUUUCGCUCCUAUCAUGCCGCGCGGUAGACUUCCAACCCAGCAUGACGUCGCUCCCUUGCAGCUGGAGAAAUCCAGGAAUGUUGGCCAGAGCCGUCCAGAUCUUGCACUCGAUCUCAUUACUCCCGAGAUCACGAGGCCUUCAACACCACGCAGCUCAAAGCCCAAGGUUGACUUUGACGGGCUGUCUUGGCCGAGUAUGUUCACUGGCGGUUGGUUUGUGAGAGUCGCAAGGUCUGAUUUGCAAUCUAUAUAGGUUUGGGAACCAAGGAGAGGCUGGAGGCUACCCCUGACGAAGCUGCUGCCAGAUUGAACAAGCUUUCCGGGGCGUAAGUAUUCCCGAUUCCGCCCUUAGCGCGCGCGCAACGUAGCUAAUGACGGACCCUCGUCUUCAGGAUCAAAACACUCCUGGAAUGUAUCGGCGAAGACCCCAACCGCGAAGGUCUGCUCGAUACCCCGAUGAGAUAUGCAAAGGCCAUGCUAUACUUCACCAAAGGGUAUGAGGAAAACCUCAAAACCAUUGUCAACAAUGCUGUUUUUCGUGAAGACCACGAUGAACUUGGUAUCUUUCAUCUUCCCCCUUAUUCCUAUUUUCAAUGCUAACAGCCGUCCAGUAAUCGUGAGAGACAUUGAGGUGUUCUCCAUGUGCGAACAUCACCUGGUCCCAUUCACAGGCAAAAUGCACAUCGGCUACAUACCCAAUAACAAGGUCCUCGGGCUUUCCAAAUUCGCCCGCAUUGCCGAGAUGUUUGCCCGCCGUUUGCAGCUUCAAGAGCGCCUAACAAAGCAAGUCGCCAUGGCCAUCGAUGAGAUUCUGCAGCCGCAGGGAGUGGCGGUUGUGAUGGAGAGUGCUCACCUUUGUAUGGUCAUGAGGGGAGUGGAGAAGACCACGGCCACAACCACUACGAGCUCUAUGUUGGGCAUCUUCAGAAAGAGCACCAAGACUAGAGAGGAGUUUAUGCAUUUGGUCAGCCAUUCGACCACAUUGAAAACUGCCUAGCUAACCAUAAACAGGCAUUGAGAAAUAUUCGAUAGAUGCGUUGAUAGCAGUGCUCUACAAACAUUUCUUUGCCUCUUUUCAUCAUUUGCUUUUGUAAACGAUCGGUUGUGGGGCUAUAGAACUCUUGUGCAUACUUUUUUUCCUAGCUUAGUCUGGCUUGAUUUUCAACAAAGGCGUUCUAUCGGAACGCUGCAUACGGUACUCAUCUAUUACUCCGGGAAAUGUUUCUUCUUUCUCUCCUGAUACAAGGGAAAAAAAAUUCGGAUUGGGCUCUAUUUUGACUUUUCAGUGUUCGCUAUCUCCCGACGGGAAAUGUGUUAAACCCUAGAUAUAAUACUGUAGAUCAAUGCAAGCCUUACGGAACAUGGUGAACGGG